AUGAUGACGCUGUAUAUAUAUCGCCGUAGCGGGCCCGCGGGCUUGCAGAUUACAUCCCGUGUCUUAUCGCGGACUUCAUUGAGGUUCCUGUCCUCAAAGAAUUCAGGGAGUAAACCCGAGGACGGCCCUGCGGCGGCACCACCCAAAAAACUGGCGUUAACCAAGGGAAGAACAGAGGAAAAAGCCCUCGGUAGAAAUGGCACAAAGACUGAUGUCGGUGAGAAGGCGCCAAAGCGGUUUGCACAAAAGUACAUGUCGUUCAAGGAUUUGCCUAAGCCUUCCCAGGAACUCCAGGACAUGUCCACGGAACAGUUCCAAACGCAGCUCCAUAUGACAGGGCCACCAGAGAAAAAGCUAUCAAUACCCAAACAUGAGCAACAAAUGCCCUCGUUGGGCUUCAAGUACGACUUUCAACUCCAUCCAAAUCACCGGCUUCCGAGGCGUCGUAUCCCAGGUGCCGUGGCAAAAGAUGGCUUUGGCGCCAUCGAGCCAAACCUUGCGAUACUUGGCAUAUUUUUCGACACCGACACUCUCACCAGCGACUUGGGCGAGCACCCUCUUCGGGAAUCCAUCACAGGCAUGUGCGUCAUGAAUCCACUCUUGAAGGAAAUCAAAAACAAGUCACUCUGGGAGCUCUUUCCGGAAAACACAAAGUUUGGGGCCUCUCCGUUUGGAAAAGAUGCGAGUUUCAACGCCUUCAAGCAGUGGGAAGACCUGAAGGCCGCCAGGCUCAAGGUGCUUGAUGAGAAGAAUCAGGAAAAAGAGCGCGAGUUCAAUGAGUUCUGCAAGAAUUUGCAAGAGUCCAACUCGUUUGUGAGGGCUCCAACAGUUCCUGCCCCUGCGGCCCAGCAAACGGCAGUGGAGGGCGACAAAACCGAUGUCACCAAGACUGCGGAAGCCAACGCUGCCUCUGUGGAAACCACAGGUCGACGCAAGUUGGACCGGGGCUUGUUGAGGCAAUACCGCAAAUUCCGGAAAGAGCAACAAAGCAAAGAGCCCAAGAUCGAUAAGGAAGAUAAGGAGGACGAAUGA